GGGUUCAUGUUUGAGCUAGCCAAGAAAAUGUCUGGAGCUGUUAUCUUUGCUGAACAUCGUUAUUAUGGCACAUCGCUACCGUUCGGUUGUCGCUCCUUUUCGGAUCGCAAUCAUUUUGGUUAUCUGACUGCGGAGCAAGCGCUGGCGGAUUAUGCAAAAUUUGUGUCUGACUUCAAAUGUGCGAAUCGCCAGUUUGCCGACUCUCCAGUAAUUUCAUUUGGUGGCUCAUAUGGAGGCAUGUUGACAGCUUGGUUUCGUCAGGCUUAUCCCAAUAUCGUUGCGGGAGGUUUGGCAUCAUCUGCACCCAUAUGGUUAUUUCCUGGAAUGGCUGAUUGCUAUGGCUUUUAUCGGGUCGCUACAAGGGCUUACAGGCAGGCUGGAGGUGAAACUUGUGUCUCGGCUAUUCGUGCGGUUUGGUCACUCAUGGACGACAUUAUUGCAAUGCCAGGUGGUUUGGCUCGUCUGUCGCAUCUUUUUAAAACAUGUAGACCAUUUCCAAACGGUGACUUUGUUUACGAGUUUACAAAAGAUUAUUUAGUUACUCUGGCAAUGGCAAACUACCCCUAUAGUGCUUCUUUUCUUGGAAAUCUACCUGCAUGGCCUGUGAAGGAAUUUUGCAAGGCUAUGGUGGACUGCCAGCCCAAGGGAAGGAUGGCACCACAGGUGGAGAAAUUUGCAUGUGCCUUCUUUUCCAUCUACAAUUAUCAACAGGAAGAUAAUUGCCUAUCUUUUGAUGAUAACGCCACUAACCUAGACGCCAAUGGAUGGGAACUCCAGUCAUGUAUGGAAAUGACAAACCCAUUAUGUUCUGACGGUAAACUCGACAUGUUCAAGCCGUACUCAUGGGACCCGAUUGAAUUUUCCAACGAUUGUCAAAGGAGGUUUGGUGUGAGACCGCGCAUGAGUUGGGCCGGCGUACAGUGGUGGGCACGGAAUCUGAACACCGUCACUAGACUAAUCUUCAGUAAUGGAGACCUUGACCCUUGGUCGGCGUUUGGGGUGUUGGAGGGAGAAUUGGUGCCAGGCGCAACGGUGAUCCGCAUCGCCUCAGGUGCACACCAUCUUGAUCUGCGCGGAAGUCAUCCCAACGACACUGCAGAAGUGCGCGCGGCUCGAGCUCUGAUUGCCGAUCACGUUGCCUCGUGGAUCGAUGCGUGGCACCGAGAGACGCAUCCCCUCUACUGCCUUGAUUUCUGA